CAGAACAAAAAAGGGGGGGAAGAAAGCUUCGAGAAAGCUUCCCAACUCCAUCUAGGGUUCCGUUUGUGUUCUCCAAUGGCCGAUGUUGCCGGCGGUCCUACCGACUCCGUCGACUGUCAACCUCCGGAGAUGUCCACCUCUUCUCCGCCGCCUUCUCCUCCGGCGUCUUCUUCUCAGCCGUCGUCGCAGCAGGACCAGCAGCCGGCUCGCCCCCGCGAGAGAGAUUCUCACGAACGGCAUAACGACGGGGACAUCGACCGCCCACCGCCGAAUCGCCAUGGCGUCGGAGAUUACUACGAGCAUGACAGGGACCGUGAGCGUUCGCCGCUUCCGCCGCGGCGGAGGGAGUAUAAGAGGCGGACGAGCUUGAGUCCGCCGCCUUACCGAGACCGACGGUACUCACCUCCUCCGCGCCGGUCCCCGCCUUAUAAGCGCAGGAGGGACGAUAACGGGCAUGAUGGUCGCCGGGGUAGUCCUCGCGGUGGCUAUGGGCCGCCGGACAGAAGCCGCUGGCCCGUCGAUCGCACGCUCUCAGAGUCCACUACCUGCGUCUCCGCUGCUCCGUUCCCGUCGACCUAUUCUCUUUGUCCGGCACGAUUCGUUUCUCUCUCUUCGGCGCGGUCUCAUCUCUCCCAGGUACCACUACUUCCAGAUAUGUCCUGCAAGAGAUGCAAGAGCCGUGAUCUAGUUCCGGAAAAAGAUACAGGGGACAUCAUCUGUUCCCAAUGUGGGACAGUACAAGAGUUCGACAACUAUGAUGCACAACUAGGUGGCCUAAAUGGGCCCCAAGGUACAUAUAUCCGGGUUGGAUACAUCGGCACAGGAUCUGUUCUUGCUUAUAAAGAUAAAAAAAUCUUUGAAGCUAACAAAGUAAUCGAAGACAUCACAUUGAGGUUAAAUGUGUCUGAUAAAUGCAAUAAGAUCAAGGAUUGGAUCAAAGACAUCACCGAAGGAGAAUUUGGGAUGGGCAGUUGGUUUGAGGUUUUGGUCGGUGCAUGUAGUUAUGUUGUGAUGAGAACAGAAUCAAAGAAUGUUUUGCCUAUGAACGAAGUAGCAGCUGCAGUUGGUUGUGAUUUGUAUGAGUUGGGAAGCAUGAUCAAGCGUGUUGUGGAGCAUUUACGAUUGGAGUUACCAGAAUUUGAUCUUGUGGGAUUGUUCAUGAGGGUGGUGAAUAAUGCAAGGCUAACCGGAGUUGAUAGGGAAAAGAAGGAGAAAAUUACGGAGCAAGGAGUUUUUCUAAUGAAUUGUUCUCUCAAGUGGUUCUUGUCGACCGGAAGGAGGCCACUGCCUCUAGUUGUGGCUGUUUUGGUGACUGUUGCAGAAGUGAAUGGUGUGAAAAUAAGGAUUGAGGAUUUGGCAAAAGAAGCUGAGGUUGCGCUGAGCACUUGUAAAAAGCGCUACAGGGAGCUAUUGGAGAAGCUUGUCAAAGUUGCUCAAGAGGGUUUGCCAUGGGGGAAAGAUGUUAAUAUGAAGAAUGUUGUGAAACACACCGGGUCGAUAAUUGGAUACAUGGAGGCCAAGUCUAUGAUAAAGAGUCGUGAGGGAAAAGGGGGUGACGAGUUGGUUCGUGGCGGGGACAUGGAUUAUGCUUCUUCUUCUUCUUCUUCUAUUCCAUUACAAAAAAAUUCAUUCUUAUUGGAGGAUGUAGUUAGGGACAAUCUAAGCAAAGAAACUAGGUGUGUUGCCGAUCAAGAUGAUAUAUCGCAAAAUUUGGAGGUAGGAGGGGAAAGUAGGAACGAACUGCCGCAUUCGAAUAACUCCAAAGGCCGUAAGAUAUCGGUGGAGCGGUUAGCUAUGAUGUAUAACAAGUUCAAGGAUGAAGUUCUUGCUGGGGAACGAAGUCAAAGUAGCAAUAGGCCGCCGAAGAGAAGGGGUUUGGAGAUGGAUUACUCUCAUGAUCAUGAUUGGUGGAAAGGGAAAUCAGAAAUGAGCCAGAGGCUUUUGCUCAAGGACGCAUUGGAGAAAGAUGUGGGGUUGGAGGCUCUGCCUCCUUCGUACAUUAAUGGUUGCAAGGCAGUGGAAAGACGAAGAGAGAAAAUAAAGGCGGCCAAGUUGCAUAUCGACCGGAUAAGACAUCCUCGUCCGGACACAGAUACCGAUGUCGAGGCGGAUAGAGGGAAGAAGAGGAAGAUGGGAGAGGUUUGUGAUGUCGAUUGGGAGGAUUUCAUCAUUGAGACCCUCGUUCUACGCGGGGUUAAAGAUGAGGAGAUUGAAAAGGGUUAUUACAAAGCCUUGAUGGACUUGCAUGUUUUCCAGUCCGGGGAGGUAUGAGAUGUGAAUAUUCGGAUCAAAAUGUCAUUUCAGCUCAGGUUUUAACCAAUUUUUAACUCGGUUCCAUGUUUUUUCAAACCAUGGCUUAACCUUUGUAUUAACAUUACGAUUGUGAUGUGUAAUUAGUAUGGUAUUCUCCAUGUAUAAUAUAGUAUUAUAUUGUAUUGUA